UUGUCUACAGUUUAUCAAUUUAGUUUGUCUAGUAUAGUUUAUUUAAUGUCUCCUACAAUAUAGCCUGGUUGGUGCUGAUUAAACAGGAUUUCAUUUCUACGCUACGAUUUCUACCAAUAAUACCCAAAUAAGUUCGUUAUUUAACAAUGAUGGGUAUUACUAAUAGAGCUGUGGCUUGUGUUCUCGUUCUCAGUAUUUCCAUCUAUACUUACAUCUUUAUUAUCUUCUCUAGCAGCCAUGAACCAAGAAUUUUGCUUAAUUCUGAAUAUGUUGGGCUAGAUCAAGACUCUGAGACAGAAAUUGAGUUCCGAUCUUUUAAAAUCGAUGAAAUAAACUGUAAGAAGAUCAUUGAAGGCGAUGACAUGGAAAUACACAAAUUCCUAAACCGAACACAUGACAGCAUUCCUAAUAACGAAACCUUGAGGAAGCACACCAUGAACUGUGAGGCGUUUAAAAGAAUCUAUGGUUACGAUGCCAUUAUAAAUACCGAGGAAGAACAACAGUUCCCUAUUGCAUUUAAUAUACUUUUAUAUAAAGACGUGGCCCAAGUUGAAAUCCUUCUUCGUGCGAUUUAUAGACCACAAAACUAUUACUGUUUACACGUGGAUGGGUUUUCACCAGAUGUUGUCCACAAGGCAGCGGAAGCACUAGCUGAUUGUUUUGAUAAUGUCUUCAUAGUUUCAAAAACAGAGAAUAUCAGUUACGAAAGUUUUCAAAGAUUGCAGGCGGAUAUCAACUGUAUGUCAGAUCAUUUAGCUAAAUCAGACUGGAAAUAUCUCCUGAAUCUUCCCAGUCAACAACUGCCAUUGAGAACAAAUGCAGAGAUUGUCCAAAUACUGAAAGCUUUGAACAAUACGAAUUAUAUGCAAUGUAUAUUGGGGAAACGGACACUUCCAAAUCGUUAUACUAACAAAUUUGAAAAUGUGUACAGGCCAAAUGGUCAUUAUGAAGUCGUAAUGACCUAUAAGCGACAUAAAGACCCCCCACAUGGCAUUGUCGUUGUUAAAGGUAGUGCCUAUGGUAUAUUUACGCGCGGGUUUGUUAAUUACGUAGUCAAAAGUCAAAUAGCUAAGGAUUUGCUAGAGUGGUGUCGUGGAGUUCUCUCCCCUGAUGAAUAUUAUUGGUCUACGUUAAAUCAUAACCCACAUUUACAAGUUCCCGGCAGUUAUAAAGUGAAAUGCCAGAGUAAGUUGUUGUUAUCUGUGUAUGUCAGCUGGUUUGAAAAAGGUACUGAUGUGACAAAAUGUCCAGGCAAGGUAGUGAGAUUUAUUUGUGUUUUUGGAAUAGCAGCAUUACACCAACUAGUGGACAGUUCUAGAAAGGAAUUGUUUGCCAAUAAAUUUGAAUUACAGUUCAGCUACCCAGCAAUACAAUGUUUAACUGAAUGGCUACGUAAUAAAACACUUUCCCCACAACCAAUUGAUGAACACUUUUACAAGAAAUUAUACAGUGAAAGAACGAUUCCCAAAAUAGCUUAAAUAAGACCUUUUCCACUUUUACAUUGUUCGAUAUUUAUCACAAGAGCUUAACCGCUAUUCUUUGGCACCUAGAAAUGGGCAAAAAUGUGUCGAAACGCAUAUAAUAAUUUUAUGAAGGUAUAUAAACUGA